AUGGCCCGCCAUCUUUCCAAAGGAACGGGCAAGACCGACCUCGUUGUUGCCUCGCACAAUAGGGAAUCCGUCGAAUUGGCACUUGGUCUUAGACGCCAGCUCGGGUUGAAUAGUGGUGUUGGUGAACUUACCUAUGCUCAACUCAUGGGAAUGGCAGACGAACUCUCAUUGGGCCUUCUCUCUGGGAGACCGGAUGAUGAGGAGGUUAAGGUUUAUAAGUAUGCCGUUUGGGGAACUACCCAGGAAUGCGUCAAAUACCUUGUUAGAAGAGCGGAGGAGAACAAGGACGCUGUGGCCAGGACUUCUGAGAAUAGGGCUGCCUGCAUGAAGGAGAUCUGGAGGAGGAUGAGGUUUGCGAAGGCUUAAUGUUGCGCUUCAAUUAUUUUCUUCCUCUCUUUUCCCCUCUCAAUUGUAUGAGUAAAUGCGCUACUCUUUUUUCGUCUUUCCCUCUUUUUUGUGGCCCUUCCUAGUAUUACCAUUCUUGGGAGACCUGAUUUUGCGUAUAAUAUCAUCGGUGCGGGAUUUCCUU